UGGUGCUAGCCAGUUCAACUGCAUUCAAUCCCCGCCCAUUAUUUAAGACUCAAAAUAAGCCCAGACACCGACAUCUCCUCUUUCUCUGGAAUAAACGCGAAGGAAAUUGGUCAAAAAAUGGCAAACACAGCUCUGCUGCUAAUGAUGUUAAUGAUCACCUCCUUGUUGAUGGCCUUGACGGAAGCUUCGUGGGCAGAGUCAGUCGAAGCAAAAAAGGAGGCCACGCCUUUGGAGACCAUAACCAACCUCCAGUUCUACUUCCACGACACAGUCAGUGGGAAGAACCCCAGUGCCGUACGGGUGGCACAAGCCGCCAACUCCGACAAGUCCCCAACCCUCUUCGGGGUUCUGCUUAUGGCCGAUGACCCCCUUACUGAGACGCCGGACCCUAAUUCCAAGCUCGUGGGACGGGCGCAAGGGCUGUACGGGUCAUCCGGCCAGCAGGAAUUUGGCCUCAUUAUGGCCAUGAGCUUUGCGUUCACAGAUGGUACAUUCAAUGGUAGCUCCAUCAGUAUUUUUGGUAAAAACCCAGCUCUACACCCGGUUCGGGAGUUGCCGGUUGUGGGUGGAACCGGGGUGUUCCGACUGGCUCGUGGAUAUGCAAUUGCCAAGACUUAUCGGCUUGAUAGCACUGGUGAUGCAAUUGUAGGAUACAAUUUCACUGUAACUCAUCAGAGCUAGUUCCAUACUCUCUUACAUAAUUUGGUUCUCAUUUCACUUUUAGUGA